AUGGCUGGGGAAGAUUCAGACAGUUGCCGCCCAAUCCUGCAAAUGAACGAAACGGCCGUGGAGGGAGCAGUAACACAGCAAUUUCUUAUGGAUCAACUUAACUCACUAUCCCAGAGGCUAAUUGCUGGCUGGUCCAAAAGUUUAGAAGGUAUCAGAAGGGAUAUCAGCGACCUGGGCGCACGUCCUGUGCACGUGGAGGAGAAAAUGGAAGUGCACGCGGAGGCCCAUAAUAGUCUCGAGACGCAAGUGCAAACUCUAAAAUCUACCAUCUGCACGAUGGAAAGCAAAAUAAUGGAUAUUGAAGACUGCGCCCGCACAAUUCACGACCUCCAAGCCUACCUUACCGAAUUCUUCAGCUCCCUGGCGCCAGACAUUCCUACCGACAUGCUGCUUCUGGACAGGGAGCACAGAGUGCCAAAGCCUAAACACCUCCUGGACUCUGCAUCUCGAGACGUCGUGCUGUGUGUACACGACUACCACGUUAAAGAAGUACUCCUUAUAACCACAACAUCAGACACUAUUAAUGACGGGUUCACCACAUACUUCUCAGGCCUAUAUAAUCACUCACCCCAUCUUACGAACGACAAUACAGCAUACACCGCUGACCUGCAUAGGUUUCUAUCAGGACUGACCAUUCCAAAGGUAACUGGGGAAGAGACAGCAACGCUGAGGGACCCAGUCACAUAA